AGUCUCUGCCAUCUCCAGUGAUAUCCAAUUCGGACAGAUAGUAAUCAGAACACGUGGAAUCAUGAUAUUAGGAAGUCCCAUACAGGGCAGCCCUUUACUGACGUCAUUAUCACUUCCUGGUAGACAACUGCAGUCUCCACUGGACCUGAAGCACUUCCUGCCUCUGCGAGUUAAUGGCUCUGCCCCUUUUAGUCUCUUUCCCAACUUCCACACGACGGACCCCAUUCAGAAGGCUGUCAUUAACCACACAUUUGGGCUGCCACAGAUAGUGAAGAAGAAGCAGAUCAUCUCUUGCAACAUCUGCCACCUGCGGUUUAAUUCAACAAGCCAAGCAGAGGCUCAUUAUCGAGGUCAUAAGCAUGCACGCAGACUGAAGGCCUCAGACCACGUGAAGAACAAGCAAAAGAAGCAGGGCUUCCACAUGGGCCGGGACAGACACACCCACAGACAGCAGGAAAAGGGCAAGACAGGCCACACCCCAGCACUGAUAGACAGCAGUCCGUCAGAGAGGACAGUGCCCCUCUGUGACCCCCAGGCAGCCCAUGUGAAUGCAGAGGAGGCUGAUGCUGAGAGAGACCCAGUCACAUUCACACACAUCUCUGAGGCUUGUUUGCUGGACACAGCUCCCCCACCCUCCCCUCAGCUCUCCUGUGUGCCCCAAGGCUCCAGCAGCUUCAGCAGCAAGGCCUCUGUCCCCGAGUCAAGUAGCAUAGACUCUGAGUGGGCACCACAUCCACCAGGAGAGCAGCAGUCAGGUGCUGGAGCAAAGGAAGAGGAGGCAGGGGGGAAGAAGAUCAGCAAGCAGAACCUCCAUUGUGCUAUCUGCAAAGUCACAGUCAACUCCAUCUCACAACUGGAAGCUCAUUACAGUGGCUCUAAGCACAAGCUGAUGCUGGAGGGUCAAUGUGUGCAGCCUCGACGACGGGGAGGAAAAGUGAUUUCAUCCCAUAUGAAUCCCCGUCCAAAACGCCAUGGCAACAAGAACAAUGCCACCUCUCUCAGCCAAUCACAUCAUUGUCAUGUGUGCAACAUAGCUGUCAACUCAGAAUCUCAGCUCAAACAGCAUUUGAGCAGCAGGAGACAUAAAGACAGACUGGCAGGAAAACCUACCAAACCAAAGUUCAGCCCAUACAAGAGCCCAGCCAACUCAUUGCUUGCGAAUGUGGAAUUGGCUGGACUAUCAAGCAGGGCUGGCUCUGCCUUUGGGGGAAUAUGCCGCUCCUUCAGCCUCUCAACAGUAACUCCCCAGAAUGUGGAAUUGGCUGGACUAUCAAGCAGGGCUGGCUCUGCCUUUGGGGGAAUAUGCCGCUCCUUCAGCCUCUCAACAGUAACUCCCCAGACCAAAUUAGCUCUACAGAAGGAACUCUCCAAAACUUUGACCGCUGGCUUUCUUACUUCAUCUUUGACCUCAGCGACCCUGUGCACAAUGGCAACCAAUCCUCUGACCCUACGCCACACACCUGCACCAACAUCCAUCAUACAGUCCCCUUUGCUUACUCCUGGCCUCUUUCGACCUGCCCCAGGACCCCUGAGGGCAAGUCAUGCUCCAAUCAUUUUCUCUCCUUAUUAGCCCCACCUACCUUUGAAUUACAGGCUUACAUGAGAACUUUUCUUCAUUUUUAGUUACAUUAACUUCAUGGGGAAAGCCUGUACACAGGUAACUCACAAAAUAUUUUUAAAGCUAAAACUAUGCAGCCUGAGAAAGACAUAGACUGACCAUCUAGAAAGACCCAGCUGUUUCUGAAUAUGAGCCUUGUGAAGACUAGUCGCUUACCGAUGCAGCAUAAGUACUACAGUGAGACUUGUGAAUGAGUCUGUGGUGAAAACUAUUCAAGUUCUAGUGAUUAAGCCACUGUCCAGAUCUGCAAGCCUAACCCAACCCAGUCUCUGAUUCACUGUGUGUUGAAGUAGGACUGAUCUGGGACUUGGAACUCCUGUGAUAGGCACAGGAUACAAUAAAAUUAUCUUGAUAUUUUACAAUAUUACAAAUUAUAUAAGCUGAAAUUCCGUGUUCCUACAGGCUCUGGUUAGCCUGUUCAUACACUCCUCUGGUGCUUUCAGGGUGAUUGUGAAUAUGCUCUUAUCAAGGACAUCUUUAGUUUCUUUUUUCUCUUUGGUCUAUUGCAAAGGACCAAGGCUACCUCCUGUCUACCUCAAUGAAAGCAGGCAGUUUUAGAUGGGAGGAGCCAAUGAAAGCAGGCAGUUUUAGAUGGGAGGAGCCAUUGUGAUUAUUUAUUUAUUUUGUGUUUCAUUUUUAGCGUGUAAAUGGUAAAGAGCUUUAGGCAUAUCCUAGUGUUGUAAGACAAUUAACUAAAAUCCUUUUACUCAAUUCAAAAUAUUGCUUGACUGCUUUUUUAAUAUUGUAGGCUAGAAACACAUAGAUGUAGUGAAAAGAAGAACAGCUCUGAGAGGCAAUGAAAAGAAGAAUAGAAAGAAUUUGAGUUCAAAAUGAAUGAGAGAGGGAAAAAUGGAUUUUCAGGUCGCCCAAAUCUGUUUUUACUGGCUCUUUCAUGUCCAAAUGUGCAAUACAAAUUGAGGGCUUUACAGUAUUAGACUUGAGAAAUAGCACUGUAGUCUAGGGCACCUCAUUUUCAAACCUCCCUAGCUUAGAUGAGCAAAAAUGGUGGCAAUCUGUGAAGUAAGGUUAUAUAAUUGCUUCCACCCACCCUUUUAUCAAAGUUACUGUUCUUUAGCAAUUGACAAUCAGUUUCAGAUGAGCAGCUGUUUAAAGAGCACAUAUAGACUCUGGUCUGAGAUCAUCUGAAUGAGGUCUUAACUUUAAUAAGAGACAAGAAAAAACAGGUCUUUGAUCAGCACAAGUACAGCAUCCUUUAAAGGAGGAGAAAGAGGAGAAAGGAGAAAAUAAGUUUUCAGGGAAAAUAAAAAAGAUAUGACAUAAGACACACACGCAUACGCACACAACCAUGUGUGUGUCAGGUGACUCAACAGCAAGUAGUAUAAUUUGACAAAAAAUUGACAAAUGAUCACAUCACAUUUGCUUUAGAGUCAACAGUGGUGAUGUCAGCACAUCAUAUGACAUGCUCAUGCAGAUAGAAGAGCUGUCACGAACAGCACAAGCAGAUAAUGUCUUGCUACAGAGUGCCAAAUAAUUGCAGCUUUCCAGAAAAUUUUAUCAUGAAGAAGCCUUGUAACAAUGCCACGUGGAUGUUACUUAGCAGAUUAUCUGAUGUGUACAAUAUGAUAUCUUUUAUCUUUUAUGAGCAGUGUUGCUGUUGUGAAACGUACCUUCAUGUCAUCUGGAAGGUUUGACAAUUUAUUGAUGUAUUCAGUACGUUCAUUGGUGAAAUAUAAAAGAAGCGAGUUUGAGCUACAGUAUGAGAACAUUUACUGGAGUAUUAAGCUGCUAUUUAUUCAUCUCUCAGUAUGAUUUGAUAACCCUGUUGUGCAAUGGCAUAUUAAAAGGAUAAAUUCAUGUGCCAUACAUUCUAUUGAAAUGUCACAUGUUGGGUCUAUUCUGGAUAUUGUCAAGUAUCCCUUGCAAUAAUGUAAGGCCAUUUAUAGAGUAUUUUGUGUAUGUUGUUGUAAUCAAUCAUAUAAAAGGGAUGAUGAUGAUUAUUA